CGAAGUACACAACGGAAUCCACCACGUCACAUCCUACCACUACUACUCAAUCAACUUCUACACAAGACACAACAGCGAUGUCUUCGACGGAAGCCACCACCACACACCCUACUACAACGCCUCAAUCAACUACAACACAAGAUACCACAACGAUGUCUACGACGGAAUCCACCACCUCACACCCUACAACAACUACUCAAACAACUACUACACAAGACACCACAUCGAUGUCUACGACGGACUCAACUACCUCACGUCCUACCACAACUACUCCAUCGACUGCAAAGAUCUUUGUGACAGAUAAAGGCACCGAGUACAAGAUUUUUGUUGCAGAUCUACAAGCUGACCUAGACUUCACUUCCAUUCCAUCCACUAAACAACCCCGUUUUAUUACCUAUGACUCCGUGGAGAAGAAGAUCUACUGGACUGACUUUGAUGAACAACGAGUUUAUCGUUCUGAUGCGGAUGGUGGAAACAGGGAGGAGGUCACUUCUGAAAACGAUAAAGGGAUCCGAGGAAUUGCGAUAGCUGAAUCAUCACGCAUUCUGUACAUCGCCAACAAAGAGUCAAAGGAAAUAACAACUGUGGAUAUUGGACAAGGAAGCGCAUUUCCAGGGAGUGAGACAAUCUUUGUAACCACGUAUAACAAUUACCCUAGGAAUUUGGAGGUGGAUGAGGAACAGGGAUUCUUGUACUGGUCAAUGACCAAAGGUAUCCAGCGCAAAUCUCUCAAUGGAUCUGGAAGCACGGAGAAUGUAUACUAUAACUUGGGUCUAUCCAAAAUCACCGGAUUAAGCAUUGAUCUCAGCCGAAAUCCACGACGCAUAUUUUUCUGUGACUAUGAUAAGAAACGAACUUUCUACACGGACGUAGGCAGUCAAGAUGCUCGCGAGCUCACAGACUACAUGAAUGACCCUGACAUCGAUGGCGAUGAAGAGCGAACAAAACUGCGAGAUAUCAAGUACUUCAAUGGCACCCUCUACUGGACGAAGGAAGGCAGUCCCAAAGGCAUCGCUGUAAUGACUAAAUACGAUCAAAGCAGCCGAUCAUUCAACAUCAAAGAAACCAAUGAGAUUAGCACACCCUCUCGAUUUAUCAUUACUAAUGUAGAUCCAUGAUCGAUAUUUGAUAAAAAAGAGCCCGGAGGUCUAUUGUUUAUUUGAUUCAGCGCAGUCAACAUUGUCAUGUCAGAUAUGACAUGGGAAACCACCGAAAAAACGCCCGUUUUUUGUUUUUAUGGGGGGGGGGGAUUAAUUUUGUUGGGGGUGAGUUUCUUUAAUGUAAAUGAAUGACAACAAAGGUACUAUGCGUAUUCACUGAACUCAGAUACUGUUGUCAGAUACAGAAAUAUGAAGCGC